AUGGAGCACUGGAAGAACAUCGCGUCCAACGUGGGCCCGCUCUCGCAAAAGUUCACAAAGACCUUUGGCAACCUCAACCAGCAGGCGAAGGAGCGCUUCGGAACCAUUGACUCCGAGGACAUCACCGAGCUGCCCCAGGAGUACAAGGACCUCGAGAGGCGAGUCGACGCCCUCAAGGGCGCCCACCAGGGCCUCUUGAAGAUUGCCAAAGUCUACGAGACCGAGAGCUACGAUUACCCUGGCCAGAUCCAGGAGUCGAUCACGCAGCUCUCGGCCACCGUCGGACACAGCGUCACCUCGUGGGCUGCUUCAGCCACCCGCGGCACCAACCUGCCUGCCGUCCACCCUACUGCCCGUCCCGAGAAGCAGAACAAGACGUUGCACCACGCCCUCAGCCGUGCCGCCGCUUCAGGUGCGCUCCAGCUCGGUGCCGAUCCGACCACCCUGUCUGGCCUGCCCGCCCUCAGCACCGCUCGCGCUCCCGGCUCUUCGGAGCCCGCCAAGGACGACUCAAAGCUUGGAGAAGCGCUGCAGAAGUUUGCGCUGGCUCAGGACCGCGUCGGCAACGCCAGGCUGACCCAGGACGACCAGAUCGUCCAGGGCUUCAACGUACCGUUUGGCUCGUUUGGGGCCCAGAUCCAGCUUGCCGUCAAGGCCCGAAACUCGGUCAACGAGGCGCGACUGCACCUCGACAGCUGGAAGCAGACGCUCAAGUCGGCCGAGAACUCGGGCGCCUCUGCCAAGCUGGACCAGUACCGGAACGAGGUGGAGCAGGCAGAGGACAAGCUGGUUUCUGCCACCGAGGAGGCCAUCUCGCUGAUGAAGCAGGUUCUCGACAACCCUGAGCCGAUCAAGAGCCUCAGCGCGUUUGUCAAGGCCCAAGCCGAGUACCACCAGGCUGCGGGCGAGCUGCUGUCGCAGCUUCAGCAGGAGCUGGUCCAGGUGGCUACGAGCGUCGAGAGCGACUACAGACUCUCGCGAGGAUAG